CUUCUCCACAGCAAGCAUGGCAAAGGUAUCUUGCACCAAGGGCUGUAGUUCAGAGCCGGAGUCCCGUAGUUCAUCAUCCGGAGCUGGUGUUUCCCCGCCGGCUCCUUUUCCUCCUGGAUAUUACUUCUUCCACACAGGGAUGGACUCCAUGCCAGGAGAAUCCCGAACCUUCAAAAUCCCGAGGCUGCUUCAGGCCACUGUGGUACUUAUGAUUGCAGCUCUGGCUUCCUUUCUUGUGGCUCUCUGCAUUGUGGCUUUUCAGAACCGAAGACAAGCCCCAGAGGUCCAGGCCUUCCAGCAAGUUUCUCAAGAAGGGAACAGCACAGGGGAGGACAGUGAGUCGCCACAGUCGGGUGUGGGCAUGGGUGGGAGUUGGGCUUCCAGAUAUUAUCAGUUUGGCAUGGCCAGGUUAGCAGAAUUGCAAGAGUCUAUCCAAAAGCUUCAAGGCCAGAUGAAGAAUUACAGUAUGUGGGAUGCAGAGCUCCAAGUAUUGACUUACAGAGUAAACAAUGUCACUUCUCAAACUCAGGCACUCAGCAGUUCCCUCGAAAAUGCCAGUGCUGAAGUCCAGACAGUAAAAGGCUGUCUAAGAGAUACCAAUACCUUGAAUUCUCAGACCCAGAUGCUAAAGAGUUCCUUGGAGGGGACCAACAUUGAGAUCCAAAAGCUAAAGGGGGAUCUGAAAAAGGCUAAUACUUUGAAUGCUCAGACCCAACUUUUCUUUCAAAGCAGUUCAGAAAACACCAGUAUUGAGCUACAUGUGUUGGGCAGAGGCUUAGACAAUGCCAACACUGAAAUUCAAGGGUUGAAAGCUGGGCUGGAAAUGGCAAACAUCCAGGCUCAGUUGGCAAACAGUAGUUUAGCGAAUGCUACUGCAUGGAUCCAUGUUCUCAAAGGCAAUCUGGAUGUUGUCAAUGUUCUAAGGGCUCAAAAUCAGGAGUUCAGAAGACAUAUGGAAAGAGCCAGUGCUGACCUGCAGAGGGUAGAGAAAAGUCUACAAAAUACAAUUGCUUUAAACUCCAAGACCCAGACCUCUAUGAAAAACAACUCAGCUAACACCAGGGCUGUUCUCCAGUUACUAAGGAGUCAUUUGGACAGGACUGCUGAUGUGAGACACCUGCUAAAGAGAGAGUUGGAAAAUGUCUCUGCCCAGGUUCAUAGAACAACCAGCCAUCUAGAGCAGGCAGAAGCUCAGAUCCAAGUGUUGCAGACAAAAUUGCAAGCCACAAAUGCCUUAACUUCCCAGAUGCAGGAAUUAAAUGGUCAGUUGAGAACUGCCAAUGUAGAGAUACAGACCCUAAAACAAGAAAUGAAAAAAGCUGCAGCCUAUAGUGCCAAGACUCAAGUAUUAGAGGAUAAUAUAAAGAAGGUCCAGGCUGAGAUCAAGGGGUUGAAAAAUAAUUUAGAGGAAACCAAAUCUUUAUCUAGAAAAAUUCAGGAGGUGCAACAUAGCCUGGCAACCCUCCAGACAUCUGUAUCUUCACAGGAGCAACUACAACGGACACAAAAUCAAGUUCUCUGGCUGCUCCUGCAGGACUGGAAGGCCUUCAAUGGGAACUUGUAUUACUUUUCUCAAAACAAGAAAACUUGGCAGGAAGCCGAGAAUUUCUGUGUGUCCCAGGGAGCUCACCUGGCUUCAGUGACUUCUCAGGAGGAGCAGGCAUUUCUGAUCAGGUUCACAGAGAACUCUGUCUACUGGAUUGGGCUCACGGACCAGGGCACAGAGGGCCGCUGGCGCUGGACAGAUGGAAGCUCGUUUAGUAGUGCUCAGAGCAAAAAGUUUUGGGCCAGCGGUCAGCCGGACAACUGGAAGGACGGGAAAGGAGGGUCUGAAGACUGUGUGACUAUGCAACAGAAAUGGAAUGACUUUUACUGUGGCGAGCCCCACCAGUGGGUGUGUAAGAAGUCCGUUGGAGCUGCUUUGCCAAGCCCCAGCUGAGAGGCACAGCCCACUUGCUGUGGCCCUAAGUGGUCUUUGUCAACUUGUGGACUAACUCAGCUUGUUCACAGGAUCUUCUAUUGGGCCUUUUGCAUUCCCUGCCCAAAUCUUUUUGUUUAAUCCUUGCAAGAUGUUUCUUUCACACAACCCAGCAUUAACAAUGGCUCCUCAAGACAAGAUUCACUGUACCUCUGUAACCUCUCAGCCCCCCAACAGACCUAUUAGAUCUGGGGUAUCAAUAAAGACCUAUCGACCGCA